AUGCAGGCGCCGCCUUACCGAGCAGAGCCGCCGCCGGCGGGAAAACGCGUUCCUCCGCCGCGCAUCGUCUACGACCUCCCUCCCCCCGCUUCCUCUUCCUCCGCUUCCUCUUCCUCCCCUUCCUCUUCCUCCCCUUCCUCUUCUUCCUCUUCUUCUUCCUCUUCUUCUGCGCCCACGCUUCUCCCCGUCCGUCUCGAUGCGGCGGAUGGCCAUUUGGACUUGCAAGUGGACGCCGCGACGGGUUUGACCGCCUCGUGCAUGCACACGAACGGCUGUCAGUACACCUGGAAGGGCAUUCGAACCACCUACGGGGUGCGGGGAACGGGUCAGUUUUAUUUCGAGACAAAGGUGACGCAUGCAGCCGAGGUCGUCAUGCCUGAAACCCCUGCGCACACCCGCAACGUCUGCAGAGUCGGCGUCAGCCUCCCCCUCACCAGCCUUUUUCUCGGGGAGUCGAGCGACUCGUGGGGGUACGGCGGCACUGCGAAGAAGUCGUUUUCUCGCAAGUUCGAGAACUACGGCGAGCCGUACGGCGUCGGCGACGUGAUUGGUACUAUCAUCGAUCUGGACAACUUAAAACUGUCCUUCACGAAGAACGGGAAAUUCCUCGGCGCCGCCUACAGCCUCCCGGCACGCGUGCGCGACUCGGGACUCUUCCCUCACUUUUGCCUGAAAAAUGUCGACAUCGAAGUUAACUUCUCUGCCGCCUCCGCCUGGUUUGCGCCUCCAAACUCCAAGAUCCAGUUCCUGGGAGAUGUCCCCGAAAAGGAUUUGUUGGCGAACAUGGUGGAGCAUCCUCAGAGUCCGAAGGACUGCGAAUUUAUCAUGAUGGUGGGGCUCCCCGGGUGCGGAAAGACGUUUUGGGCCGAGCAGCACAGCCGCGCGAAUCCGCGAAAGAGUUUUGUCGUGCUGGGGACGAACGCAGUGAUCGACCAGAUGCGCGUGAUGGGCGUGCGGCGGCAAAGCAACUACGCAGAACGGUGGGAAGAACUGAUGUCUACUGCGACUUCCGUCUUCAACGCGCUGAUCGACCGCGCAAGCUCGGCAGGGGUGCCCAGAAACGUCAUCAUUGACCAAACGAAUGUUUUCAAAAAUGCACGCAGGCGCAAGGUGCACUUUUUCCGAGAAUGGGGAGUGCGACGAGCUGUGACCAUCGUGACUGACGAACCGACUCUCCAGCAGCGCACAGCGAAGCGCGAACGCGAGGAAGGAAAGUUCGUGCCCGUGUCGGCCGUCAUGGAUAUGAAGGCAGCCUUUUCGCUUCCUGCUUACGAUGACGGGUUCACCCAGAUCGAGUACCCCGAAAUGCCCGAGCAAGACAGUCGCCACGAAGUGCGGCGAAUGAACGACGAAGGACGACGCUUCAAACGCGAAAAUCCACACGCGAGCGGCAAUCAGCCAAAACCCCACAUGGAGAGCCGGCAGGCCGCGGAGUUUGCAUGCGAGAAGGAUUUUCGGAACGCGAAACGCCCCCGAGACUUCCCAGAAGCGCGGGGCGACGGCUACCCCGGCCACAACCAGACCCGCCAUCAAGGAUCCGGUGGAGCCUGGAACGACGGACGCGAGUCGUGGGGCGGAGGUCCGCAAUUCCCUCCAGCUUGGGGAGACAGAUCCCAGGGCGGCCACGGCGAAAGACGUGUGGAGUACGCUCCUGGCGGUUUCCCAGGUGGAGGCAAGCGCGCACGCCACGAGUACGACCAGAGCUAUCCUCGUCGGGACUGGGAAGGCCAUCCGGCGUAUCGCCAAGGCGAGAGCUGGCGAGGUCCCAACGCUCCUUACGCGAGUUACGGAAACGAAUUUCAACGAGGACCCGGAUGUGAGUGGCAGGCAAACGCUCAAGAUCGCGCGUGGGGGCCGAGGGAGCGUGCGCCCCAAAACUUUCCAAAUGCCUACGGAGGCUACGGCUUCGGAGGUAGAGGCAGGGGGAGCGGACCUGGGUACAUGGGCGGCGGCCCGCCACGCUACUGA